AUGGACCCUGAUUUUAUGGACUCCCUCGUGUCAGAAUGCGGCAAGGCCACCAAGUUGAAGGUAAUCAGCGCGGACAAGCUGAACCCAGAAGCCGUCAAAAUUCUGAUGACACCCAUGAGAAAUGCCAGCGUGCAAGGACUACAUUUGAGGGAGGCACACAGUGACGGGGGUUGGUAUCUAGCCAACACAUUCUUGCCUGCGCUCAUAAGAGUUGAAGAAGCCGCUAUCCCUCACCCACAGGGACACAAUACUACCGGCUACCAACUCUGGAGGGAGGACAAAGUUCUGAUAGUAGCGUUAAUGAGGGGAGGGGAGCCCAUGGCAUUCGGAGUCAACAGGGCAUUUGAGCGUGCGAUGUUUACGCACGCAUAUCAGGCCAUUGAUCUUCAACACGACCACCUCGAAGAUAGGUUCGCUGUCAUUCUCGUUGACUCGGUCGUUAAUAGCGGGGGGACUAUCCUGGACUUUAUGCGACAUAUCCGCGACCUCAACAAAGAGGUUUCUGUUGUGGUGAUCACUGGAGUCAUGCAAGCUCGGUGUGUUUCUGGUGGAAGAUUGACUGCUGCUCUUGCGAAAUAUGACAACCUGCAAUUUAUAACCCUACGUAUUUCGGAGAACAAGUACAAGGGAACAGGGGCCAGUGAUACCGGAAAUCGUCUUUUUAAUACUCUCCAUCUGCCCUGA